AUUGGCCCGCGGCGCUCAUCAGUGGCGGCUCUUAUUCCGGCAAUGAGUUGGUGCGGGGUGGCGGGGGCCGCCCCCGUGUGGCGGCUGCGCGCAGGCGCCUUGUGGAGCCCCUCAGGAGGCAGUGUUCGAUUUUGCAGCUCAGGAACGACCUUAGGCAGUGCCAGUCGAGCAAUUGUGGAUCGAGUAAUCCGGGUAGACCACGCCGGUGAAUACGGAGCAAAUCGGAUCUACGCGGGGCAGAUGGCCGUGCUGGGCCGCACCAGUGUGGGGCCGAUCAUUCAGAAAAUGUGGGAUCAGGAAAAGGAGCACUUGCGCAAGUUCAGUGAGCUGAUGGUUGCCUCCAGAGUCCGGCCGACGGUGCUGAUGCCGCUGUGGACAGUGGCAGGCUUUGCCCUGGGGGCUGGGACAGCCUUGCUGGGGAAGGAGGGCGCCAUGGCCUGCACGGUGGCUGUGGAAGAAUCAAUAGCACGUCACUACAACAACCAAAUCCGGACUCUGAUGGAGGACGACCCUGAAAAGCACGAGGAGCUGCUUCAGGUGAUUAAGAAGUUUCGAGAUGAGGAACUAGAACACCAUGACAUUGGCCUCGACCAUGAUGCAGAACUGGCCCCGGCGUACGCCGUGUUGAAGAGCCUCAUCCAGGCCGGGUGCAGCGCGGCCAUCUACUUAUCAGAAAGAUUCUGAACUUUGUUCCCUCUCAUGUCUGCAAUCCUGGUGACUCACAAAGAAGGAAGUAGAUACUUAGCAUCGUGUUAAUUUUGUUAAUAAAU